AUGGAGAUGCAGGAGGCUGUUGGAGAGGCAGGUGAGGUUGACAUUGCUGCUAAAAUUGGAGAUAUUCCUCACUUGAAUAAUUCUACAACACUUGUGGACCCGUCAGUCUAUGGUUAUGGAGUGCAGAAACGGCCCCUGGAUGAUGGAGGUCUCCGUGUAGGUGGGCUCCAUGGAGCACAGAUAAGAGAUACAGAGAGAAUAGGUAACCAGUUAGGGGCCCUGGUACAUCAAAGGGCUGUAAUAACAGAAGAUUUCAAAGUGCCUGAUAAAAUGGUUGGAUUUAUAAUCGGCAGGGGAGGUGAGCAGAUCUCACGGAUUCAGGCCGAGUCUGGCUGCAAAAUUCAAAUCGCUCCAGAUAGCGGUGGGAUGCCCGAGAGGCCCUGUGUGCUCACCGGGACGCCAGAGAGCAUUGAACAAGCAAAACGGCUACUGGGGCAGAUUGUAGAUCGCUGUCGGAAUGGACCUGGCUUUCACAACGAUGUUGAUGGCAACAGUACCAUUCAGGAGAUUUUGAUCCCGGCAUCCAAAGUGGGUCUAGUCAUCGGCAAAGGAGGUGAAACAAUAAAACAGUUGCAGGAGCGAACGGGUGUGAAAAUGAUUAUGAUCCAAGAUGGUCCGUUGCCUACUGGAGCAGAUAAACCCCUCCGCAUUACUGGAGAUGCAUUUAAAGUACAGCAAGCAAGGGAAAUGGUACUGGAGAUCAUCCGAGAGAAAGAUCAGGCAGACUUCCGAGGCGUACGCAAUGAUUUCAGUUCUAGAAUGGGAGGAGGCAGCAUAGAGGUCUCUGUGCCCAGGUUUGCUGUUGGAAUUGUGAUAGGAAGAAAUGGAGAAAUGAUCAAAAAGAUUCAGAAUGAUGCUGGAGUUAGGAUUCAAUUUAAACCAGAUGAUGGGAUUAGUCCUGAAAGAGUCGCACAGGUCAUGGGUCUUCCUGAUAGGUGUCAACAUGCAGCACACAUCAUCAACGAGCUCAUUCUCACGGCACAGGAACGAGAUGGCUUUGGAAGUUUGGCUGUCACCCGGGGAAGAGGUCGUGGCCGUGGGGACUGGAGCGUUGGAACACCUGGGGGCAUGCAGGAAAUAACCUACACGGUGCCAGCUGAUAAGUGUGGUCUUGUUAUAGGCAAAGGUGGUGAGAACAUCAAGAGCAUAAAUCAACAGUCGGGAGCUCACGUGGAGCUCCAGAGAAACCCGCCUCCAAACACGGACCCUGGUGUUCGAAUAUUCACAAUCAGAGGAAUUCCCCAGCAGAUUGAGCUCGCUAGACAUCUCAUAGAUGAGAAAGUUGGUGGUACCAGCAUGGGAGGACCUGGAGGGUUUGGUCAAAGUCCGUUCAGCCAAGCACCUGCAACACCUCAUCAAAAUGGUCCUCAGGCGUUCAUGACGCAGGGUUGGGGCAGUACCUACCAGACGUGGCAGCAGCCUGGACAGCAAGUCCCAAAUCACAAUGGUACCCAGUCAGGCCAGGUGGAGUUCACCAAGGCGUGGGAGGAUUAUUAUAAGAAACUAGGCCAACAGAGCCAGCAGCAGAACAGCCAUCCCGAUUACAGCAAAGCAUGGGAGGAGUAUUACAAAAAACAGAGUCACGCCGCCAGCGCCGCUUCUCAGGCGAGUUCCCAGCCGGACUACACGAUGGCUUGGGCAGAGUAUUACCGACAGCAGGCUGCCUACUACGGGCAGACACUAGGCCAGGCUCAGGCCCACAGCCAGGAGCAGUAGAACAAGGUCCUCGUGGCAAUUUUUUUUCUCGGAAUCAUUGCGGAAGAAAACCUUUUUGUAACAGAGGUUUCUAGAUUUGCAACGUUUUGAUGAAGACUUUUUCUGUUUGUUUGUGAAACACUAGCUGUAGGAUAAUCUAUACUGAACUUUUCUAAGAAUCAGGAACAAUUAGUAAUGUACUAAACUUAUGGACAUGCUGGUGAUUUUGUUUCCAAAUUUGUAAAAACUCCGGGAUUCUUUUUGGAGAGAAGCCAGAGAAUUUGCAGGCACCAAAACGCACCCCAGAGCUGUGACAUUUCAACAUGUGUUUUUUUGUGUGUUUUUUUUUUUUUUUUCCUUUUUAAUUUUCCAUCUUUUCUGUUGCAACAGAAAGAGUGGCUUGGAAGUCUUAGGUGGUAUGUAACAAAUCCUAAAAAGAAAAAAAAAAAAAUUAAACAGUAUUUAAAUAUUCUUAAAUAUGUAAAUUCAUUAAAUGUUUUACUUCUCAUUUCUUGUACCUUGGCUGUCUUUGAUUUUAUUGCAUUUUUUAAAAAACUGAACUAUAAUAUGUAUUGUAAUUAAUUAUGUGAAUUCUGUAUUGAGACAAUUACUGUUUUGCUGUCA